AAUAACAUUUCGUCUGUUCUUUGCAACAAUGUCCUACCGCGAGUUGAGAGAUUUUACGGAAAUGAUGCGCGUCCUGGGUUAUCCCAGGCUGAUCUCCCUGACGAACUUCCAGCACCCGAAUUUUCCCUUGGUCGCCGAAAUUCUCGUGUGGCUCGUCAAGAGGUUCGACGAUGACGUUAUUGUACCCCUCGAGCACAGCACGGAGCAGGAGCGAGUUGCCCUCGUCCGUUACGUCGCUGAAUUCAUGAUAAAAUCGGUGAACAUAAGACUGAACACGAAAAAACUGUACAUGGCGGACAGUCAAGCGGUGCCGGAGCUCCUGAAGAUGACGUCCCUCCUGUACGAGGCCCAGUCUCAGGACACGGCUGAGCUGAUGUCGGCCGAGAACGACGCGACGAUAAACUUCGACAUCGCUGACAAGCUGAACGACCUGAAAAACACGAGGCAACUCGCGAGCCAGUUGACCAGCAGUGGGGCGUCGUUGUACGAGCUCCUCGGCAGGGAACCCGAGCUCCGGCAAAUCCGCGGUGCUAAGCUGGCCAGUCAGCACGACACAACGGAGGUCGAGGCUGCCCUCAAGGCGGUAGUCGAGGGCACCAAAAGGGAGAUCCAGGAGACCAAGGACCAGAUCGAGAACGUCAAGGGCACAGAGCAGAAUUUGGACAUGCGGAUAGAGCGACGAAAGACGGAGCUGGAGCGCAACCAAAAGCGCCUACAGACGCUCCGUAGAGUUCGGCCCGCCUUCAUGGAGGAGUUUGAAAAGCUCGAGGAUGAGCUCAAAGUCUUGUACGACGACUACUUGCAGAAGUUUCGGUAUCUCGCUUACCUCGAGCACGUAUAUGAUGAUGCAGCCAAGGUCGAGCAGGAGAGGUUCGAACACAGACAAGCAGCUAUGAAAAAACAGCUGGAGCAGUUGCGCAUCGAUGACGCCAACAUCGAGGGUAUAAUGGAGGGUAACGAUGCUCUUUUCAAUACAAAUUUGCCGAACUCGAUCAAUCUCGGCGAAUCCGAAAAGAAGCCAGUGGAAAACAGUACACAAGACGCACGGAAGUCGGCGAGAGUCAACGUGUCGCAGCGACGUAUCUACGGCAGCAUGUCGGGCCGACGCCGCGGAGCGACGACUCGCGGGACGAACGGGAGCGCGGGCUCCUCGGACUCAGAUAGCGACCUGCUGAUCGACAAUAUCGACGACGAGGACGACGAGGAGGAGGACCUGCUGGACUCCGUGGGCCCAGGCGCCGAUGACUUCAACACGAAGACGAUCGAGGAGAAACGGGCCAUCAGCAAAAUCGACCACGCAGACGACGAGUUUUAAAAUGGAGCGAUUUGGCGGGAAAAUGAAACGAGGAAGUUGAGUAAUCAAACGCAGCGGGUCAUCGGACCGAACAAUCGGUUACACUUGAG